AUGUCAACAUAUCGAGACACCCCGAAUCCUUUAAGACCGUAUUAUCGGCCACCUUCAAUCGGUAUACCACAAGAUGCGCCUGGAACCACCAGCUCGGGAACUCAUGGAUUGGGGCCCAAAAAUGGCAGCGCAGCAGCAUACGCGUCUUCCGCUGCUCGCGAUAUGUUUGACUAUAGCGAUUACCUUUCAGAGUCGUCUCCAUCAUCAGUAGAAGCUGUCCGGAAAGUCCUGGAUGACUGGAUGUACAAAUAUUUUAGCAUUCUGCUCUCACAACCAUUCGAUGUAGCAAAAACCAUUCUACAAGUAAGAAGUCAAGGUGCGAUAGAGGCUGGUGGACCUACCGCCCCGGGUCGGCAUAUAAGGUCGAAUCAUGCAGGUUAUGGAGCUUCUAUAUAUGAAGAUUACCCCUCAGACGACUCAGACCAUGAUGAAUCUGCCUACUUCACAUCCGCCGCACCAUCAGCAACUUCCUACUCUCCUACACGCGAGCGAAGAAGGCGCGCCAGCUCGAGGGAUAGCUCCAUCCCACCACCAAAGUCACCAUCCACCUCCGGCCACCAACUCGUAUUGAAGAGGGGGGACGCUAUUCUAGAAGUGAUAGGUCAGGAAUGGACGAAGGAGGGUGCUUGGGGAGUCUGGAAAGCCACCAAUGCUACAUUUAUGUACGGUCUGUUGUUGCAGACUUUGGAGCAAUGGUCAAAGGGCCUGAUCUCCGGGAUCUUCAACAUCCCAGAGGCGAGCGCUGCUUUGGGAAUUUCCUCUGAACUUACUGAUAUACAAUACCCAUGGGCCUCUCUGGGAGUGGCCAUCGCGGCUGCUGUGAGCGCUGGCCUGAUACUUGCGCCUCUCGAUCUCGUUCGCACAAAAUUGAUCCUCUCUCCCACAUCUGAGCCCAAACGAUCACUUGUUCAUAACACUCGCAAUUUACCUUCUUAUUUAUGUCCACCAAGUUUAACGAUACCCACGAUUUUAUAUAGUCUUGUCACACCAACGAUCAACCAUUCCACUCCUUUACUCCUACGGUCUCAAUUCGGAGUGGACCCAGUCACGUCUCCAAAUGUUCACAGCGUUGCGAUUUUUCUUUCCCGCACUGCAGAACUUUUCAUCAAGUUGCCGCUGGAAACCGUAUUACGCAGAGGACAAGCCUCAAUCUUGGCAUCCGAAAUGUACUCAGCAGACGAUGUCAGUGAAAGCAAGAUGGUUGUUGAGCCAGGGCCGUAUAAAGGUGUAUUCGGAACGAUGUGGUCCAUUGUAUAUGAAGAAGGCGACUCUACGAGUCUAGAUAUUCUCCCUGCGACAGGGACUGCCAAGGUCGCGCGAAAGUCAAAGAAAGCACAACGUAAAGGGCAAGGUAUUGGGGGUCUUUGGAGAGGCUGGAGAGUAGGGAUGUGGGGUCUGGCUGGCAUGUGGUCUGCCAGAGCUAUGGGAGGUUCGGCUGCAAACGCCCGAGAAUUUUAA